UGGUGGCUGAAAGAAACGCGACAGUACAAAUGUAGAAAGAACCCCCCGCACUUUGCUUUGCUCCCAUUCUUCUCUCCGACUUUCACUGAACCAUGCAGCGAAUCAUCAGUUUGCUGCCUUCGGCUGCCGAAAUUAUUUGCUUGGUUGGCGGCGAGCCCGAGAUGGUAGCAAGGAGUCAUGAAGAUGACUUCCCCUCCACGAUUCAACAUCUUCCUAUCUUGACCAAGUCCAAAACCGUCUUCACAACUUCGGCUGACGUCGACCGCCAAGUUACCGAGGCGCUCUCACAGGGCAACAGCCUGUACGAUCUGGAUGUUGACCAGCUCAAGAUCCUGAAGCCCACGAUCAUUGUCACGCAGGAUCUCUGCAAUGUUUGCUCAAUCGAUCUCGUCAGUGUACAGCGUGUUGCCAGUAAAAUGAACCCCCGUCCUGAGAUCGUCACCUUGAACCCGACUUCUGUGGCCGAAGUCAUGGAGAGCAUCACCACGGUCGGCAAUGCCAUUGGCCAUGCUGAAGAGGCGGCCAAGGUCCGAGCAGCAUUGGAGGGGAGGAUUCAGAAAUGCAUUGAUGUCACUGUUCAAGCAAAGAAGGAUAACUCAGACUACAAACCUAAGAGGGUCAUGUUUUUUGAAUGGACCGACCCUAUCUAUCCAGCGGGACAUUGGACGCCAGAGAUGAUCGUGAUGGCUGGCGGAGUACACCCAGUCAACUCUCCAGGCAUUCCAUCGGUGCGUGUCACUGUAGAGGCCGUUGCUGCUACGGAACCUGAAGUCCUUAUUAUUUGCCCAUGUGGACUGGACAUGGAGGCAACCCGCAAAGAGUACGACCAGUUGAUGGGGAAGGAAUGGUUCAGGGACCUGCAUGAUAAGGCGACAAUUGUUGCUCUCGUCGACGGAAACCAGAUGUUCAACCGCAGUGGUCCUCGUCUCGUAGAGUGUACGGAAUGGUUAGUGAUGUUACUCCAUGACCGUCCAGACUUUGAGCCUGUUGGGUUUCCUUGGGAACGCGUCAAAUAAUACUGAAUAAGGCAAAGAGAGAGACUGCAUACUCAUUCACUCUCGAGUUUGGUCCGCAUUGUGAAGCCAGAUGUACAUGUGCGUUGUGAGUAGUGCCAUUUGAAUGAGGUACAUGUCUUCUUUCCCAUAGUUUUGCUAUCUUAAAAUACAUCAAAUAUGG